GUGGUCACUGCGCAGUCCAGUAUGGUCAAGGGUUCCGGCGGUUGUCCCUGGCCGGGGGCCAGGCCAGCCUCCCGCACUCGGACGGAACCUGGCGCCAAGCCUCAGCUUCCUUUGGUCUUCGUCCGCCCCGCAGGGCGAGGGCAGAGCGGACCACAGCCUGACUCCCGGCCACCGGCAUCGAGCCUCUGCGCCUGCGCAGCUCUCCGCUUUUUGGGUAAUCCGGGGGAGCAAGAGGAGGCAAGUGCAAGGCGCGGCUAGAGGGUCUUCCCAACUUGUAUGUUCGGCCCAGGCGGCUAGAGUGUCCGCCCGUAACUCGUAUGCUCGGCGAUCCUGGCGGCUAGAGCGCCCGCCUCUAGCUCGUAUGCUCCGCUGCUCGGCGGCUAGAGCGUCGCUCCGCCCGGGGAGCCGCGUGUGACCUUCCCGCCCGCGGACCGAUGCUGCCGGCGGCCGCUCGCCCCCUAUGGGGGCCGUGUCUCGGCCUUCGGGGCGCCGCGCUCCGUCUCGCCAGGGUAACCAUUUGUCUGAAUAGUGGGGCAAGGCAACAGGUGCCCUGUGUCUGCGCGGUGAGGCUGAUGAGGUGCAGCAGCCAUCGAAGGGGGGAGGCCCUCGCUGGUGCACCACUGGAUAACGCCCCAAAGGAGUACCCCCCUAAGAUCCAGCAGCUGGUCCAGGACAUUGCCAGCCUCACACUCCUAGAGAUCUCAGACCUCAACGAGCUCCUGAAGAAAACGUUGAAGAUCCAGGAUGUCGGACUCAUGCAGAUGGGAGGUGUGAUGCCCGGUGCUGCCUCUGCUGCAGCGGCCCCGGAGGCAGCAGAAGAAGACAUCCCCAAACAGAAAGAACGGUCACAUUUCACCAUCCGCCUGACAGAGGCAAAGCCUGUGGACAAGGUGAAGCUGAUCAAGGAAAUCAAGAACUACGUCCAGGGCAUAAACCUCGUCCAGGCCAAGAAGCUGGUGGAAUCCCUGCCCCAGGAAAUCAGAGCCAACGUGGCCAAGGCGGAGGCCGAGAAGAUCAAGGCAGCCCUGGAGGCGGUGGGCGGCACUGUGGUUCUGGAGUAGGCCUCUCAGAGGACUUGCGACAGGUCCCUGGGACCUGAUGGGCCCCGGCCACUCCGCCCCAUGGCCGGCCCAGCUUUCUGAGCAGCCUCCGGCUGGAGCAGGUCGGCACCACGUGGCUAACUCCGUCCUGGGAGAUGGAUGGACCUCCGGAGAUGUGGAGGGAGGGGCAGCUGCUGCCCCGGGGAGCCCCAGGGAAGGUGCCCUAGAGAUGGACUCGGAAUGCACCACGAGUUAACACGCACGCCCCUUGGAUGCUACAGAGAAAAAUACAUGGUUUAGGCGCGGUG